AUGGCUCGCCAGGAGAACCAGAUCGUUAUCGGGACGAAGCGAGGAGACACAACCAUUGACGUGCAGAAACUGUUGGAUAAGCCAUGGUACAAGUACAAGCAUCUCAGGAAGCUCUAUGGCUGGCUCUGCGUGGUGCUCAUCGUGCAGGCCACGAACGGCCUUGACGGUUCCAUUAUGAAUGGAAUGCAGACAUUGACGUACUGGCAAUCCUACUUUCACCAUCCAACAGGUGCUCAGCUUGGAAUCUUCAAUGGUACUCAAGGUCUCGGCGGUGUCAUUUCGCAGUUCUUUCUGUGGUGGCUCGUCGAGAAGAUUGGCCGGAAGCUGACCAUUAUAUCUGGAGCUGUCAUCAUCAUCGUUGGCGUCUUUCUACAAUCUUUCGCGCAAGGAAUCGCCAUGUUCGCAGUGGCACGAUGUGUUAUCGGACUCGGGCUGAGUUUCGAGUACACGGCCGCCCCUAUGCUUGUCUCAGAGCUUUCGCACCCGACCCACCGCGCUCAGUUGUCGACACUGCUCAACACUCUGUAUUACUUCGGUGCCGCCAUUGCAGCUUGGAUCACCCUAGGAACCCUCUCCAUUCAGAGCGACUGGAGCUGGCGCAGCGUAUCGUUGAUUCAGAUGUUCCCGUCUUUGAUCUCUGUCACUCUGACCUGGUGGGUCCCCGAGAGCCCGCGCUGGCUCUGCUCACGGGGCCGAAACGAGGAAGCAUUCAAGACCCUCGUGGACUGGCACUGUGGUGGCAAUGAAGCCGAUCCCCUUGCGACCUUCGAGUACAAUGAGAUCGUGCAGACACUAGCCUACGAGAAAGAGAACGGGAGCAGGAGCUGGCUCGACCUCGUCCGCACGCCGGGCAACCGCCACAGAACCUGGAUUGUUGUGAGCUGCUCCAUUCUCAGCCAGGCCACUGGACAGACCAUCAUCGGCUAUUACCUCGUCCUUAUCCUGAAGGGAAUCGGCAUUACCAACCCCCGCCACCAAUCUAUCAUUAACGGUUGCCUGACCAUGUGGAACAUGGGAUGGGCAUUCUGGGGUGCAUACGUGAUUGACAAAUUCGGUCGGCGAGCCAUGCUCUUGACCUCCCUCACUGGCAUGUUGUUUUGCGGAUUCUUGCCAUGGACGAUCUGCAGCGCGUUGUACGUGCAAGAUGGAGUCAAGGAUGCUGGCCCGGCAGUCAUUGCAUUCAUCUUCAUCUUCAAUGCCUUUUAUGCCACGACGUGGAACGGCAUCUUGACUGGAUACACGGUCGAAGUGAUGAGCUACGACAUCCGGCCGAAGCUCAUCUGUACGCAGAACCUGCUAGUACAGGCGACCAUCACCGGCUUCAAUUACUUGAACCCUGUGGCCUUGAAGAACAUCGGCUGGAAGUACUACGUCAUUAUCAACAUCAUCAUCCUCAUCACGUGGGUGGUGGUGUACUUUACGUACCCGGAGACGUCCAAGAUCACGCUCGAGGAAGUCAGCGUCAUCUUCGACGGCAAGCACGCCGUGAAGAACGACAUCCUCCAAAAGCAGGAGAUCAAUGCCGGCGACGAGGAUGCGGUGGGGAGCGGCGACAAGAAGGGCGCCGUGGAGAUCAUUGAGCGUGAGCACGUUGAAGUAAAGUAA